AGAAUAAUCUACAUUCUCUGCUACGCCAGCAAAUCUAAAAAUUCAACUGAAGCCAUCUAUGAGUGAAAUCCGCAAUUACUUAGUUGCCAACCCAAUACAUUCUCUGGAAGAAUUGUAAAUUUUCUGCCAUAUGUGGUUUUGAUUAUGCUAACUUAAUUUAUUUUAGAUCACAUUGGUAUCAUUAAUAAACUCUUGCACCUUGCCAAUAGAUGUCGCUCUUUAACCAUAAUCAUAUGUUGCGUUUACCAACAGCUGUUUUCCGUAAAGCAGAAUAACACGGCACAUUACAGAAUUAAAUUUACUAAACAUGAUAAAAUCUUGCAUAUUUCGGGAGAUUCGAUUUAAUCGAUUAAAUAUUCCAUUGUUGCGCACGUUCAGUCAUGUAUUUACGAAUACAGAACCACAGAAAGAUAAAGGUUGUGGCAGUGAAAAAGAAAAGGUCGGUUCCCCCACUGACACCAAUUCUGCGCCAAUGAUUAAGCAAACAGUAGCAGGUACUGUCAGCCACAAAUAUCAAAUAUUCCAAGAUAGAGAUGCUAAUGAGAUUUUUGACGUCGAAGAAGAACGCUAUCGGUAUCAAAAGGAGCAGGAGCCAAAAAUUACCGAACACGAUGAAUAUUUAGGACUGAACUUAAAUCAUGGUAAACAUGGUGUGUACGAUGUGGAAGAUCUGGUUGAUGUACUACGAAAGGAAAAAGCAGAAGAUGUGUUUGUUUGUUCUGUCCCUAAAGAUUUAAAGUAUGUAGAUUAUAUGGUGGUAUGUAGUGGUCGCAGUUAUAGACACAUGUUGGCAAUUGCGGAAUUUGUGCGGCAUAUUUAUAAAGUAAAGCGAACGAAAGGAGAAAUUUUACCAAAGAUCGAAGGUGAAAACAGUCGGCAAUGGAUGGCAUUGGAUCUGGGUAACAUUGCUCUGCAUGUGUUUUCUCCUGAGUUACGCGAACAAUACGAUUUGGAAUCGUUAUGGGCGAUAGGAAUUGAGUAUGACAAAGAAACACAUAAAUCGCAGGAUCCAUUUGUCGAACUUUUUGAAAAACAUUCUAUACCGCUGGGUGGCACACAUCCUAAGAGAACAAUUACCGGUACCUAAUAACCCCAAAAUAUUUAUGAGUUCAUACAUUUGUUUUAAGUGUUAAUUUAUUAAAUUAACAAAUCAGUCACCAAUUUAUAAAAUUAUUUGAAAACUUCUUAUGAAAAUCGUAUAAACUUUGGAAAACAAA